AUGCCAAUUUUCUCCAAGAAAUUCGCAUAUAAAAGUGCCCCAGCGCGAAAUCGAAGAGUUGAAGAGAGUGAUUGCCCUAGAAUUCAUGAAAAACUCGAGGAAUUCCGGAAUAUCCAUCUGCAAUUGGACAAUGAAGGUGGCUACACUUUCGCCAAUGGCUCCUGGACAAGCAAUAAAAAUCCCAGAGAUCCCAAAUCUUCCUCUGGACAGAAAUUAAAGGAUGACCUAACAAAAUUAUCUGAAGAAAAUAAUCUUCUGCAGCUAAAAGUGGAAAUUCUUGUGGAUUUGCUGACAGAGAACACAAUUGAGAUGAAUGAAAUUAGGGAAAAGUUAAUGAAGUAG